AUGGCGGACGUAGACGAUCCCUUGCUGGACGAAAUAGCGCAGUCACUUGACGAAACUGAGCGAACGGGCGACCCCGUCUCAGAUAAACUCGCACUGAUUGCUAACAAACGCUGGAAUCAUAAAUUAAGUGACGACAAGCUAAAAGAAAAGGCCGAAAAAUACCCGCGACCAGCGAACUGCGACAAAGUUGUGAGCCCACGCGUAAACCCUGAAAUAUGGGCAAAAUUAACAAGGGCUGUUCGUGGCGAGGAUCACAAGCUCUUUCGUGUACAAACCCAGCUUAGCACAGUCACUAACCUUGUAGUGCAAGCUACAGAUAUGCUGUUGAAAGCAAAAUCUGACCCAAAAAGUCUAAAAAUUGAUGACCUAGUGCGAAUGAACACAGAUGCUGUUGCUCUGGUUAGUCAUGCUAGCCAUGAGCUAGCCCAAAAAAGGCGCGAAAUCAUCAGACCUCACCUUCACAGGGAUUAUAUUGAGUUAUGCUCACAAGAAGUUCCUGUGACAAGCUUACUGUUUGGAGACGACCUCCAGACAGAAUUGACCCGUAUUCGGGCAACAAACAAAAUUGGAAAUACAACAAAUCCAUCAUCACACGCGCCGAGUCAACACCGGAUUUAUAAGCCAAGUACGAGCAAUUAUGGCAACAAACAGCCUCCUUUUUUGUGGCGAGGAGCCCAGUCGUACAGACGACUGGAGAACAACAACAGGCGUGGUCAGAACCGAGCUCGUUUCGGGCCAAUGAAGAAAUAGACUCAGAAUCAAUUAAACAACUUUCACAAAUACAGGUAAGCUUAUUAAACACUUUGAACACAAGGUUGCCAAUUUUAAGGCGGGCCAGCUUAGUACUUCUUAUUUUGCUUGGAAAGAAUUGACAUCUGAUCCAGAAAUUCUGGAGACAGUGUCUGGUCAACGCAUAGAGUUUAACCAGAACCCAGUACAAUUAAAUUUACCUGUAUAGCCAAAUUACUCAUGUCAACAAGGACAGUUUAUUGAUUCUGAAAUCCAAAACUUGUUGAAAAAAGGUGUCAUUGUAGAAUCUACACAUGAGCCUAAUGAAUACAUUUCACCCAUAUUCCUUCGACCUAAGAAGGAUGGAUCACAUCGCAUGAUUUUAAACCUAAAAUGUUUAAACCAAUCUGUUACGUACCAACAUUUUAAAAAUGGACACAAUCUGGACUGCUAUACGUAUGAUGCGUCUGGGAUGCUUUAUGACAUCCAUUGAUCUUAAGGACGCAUACUGCUCUGUCCCGAUUCACAAAGACCAUCAAAAACACAGGAAAUUUCAAUGGCGAGGGAAACUAUAUCAGUAUACAUGUUUUCCAAAAUGGAUUGGCAAUUUGCCCUAGGAAGUUCACAAAACUCCUUAAACCUGUCUUCUCAAACUUGAGAAGCAUAGGUCAUCUAUCUGUAAUAUUCAUAGAUGACUCUUAUUUACAAGGUGCCAACUUUAAUCUGUGUGUUAAAAAUGUGAAAGAUACUAUUACAUUACUUGACCAAGUGGGCCUUGUUAUACACCCUGAGAAAUCAAUCCUAUACCCUACUCAGAAACUUGUAUUCCUAGGUUUUCUGUUAGACUCCAUAAAAAUGAUUAUCAGCCUUACAGGAGAAAAAACACAAAAAAUUAAGGAAGCUUGUCAAAAGCUUCUACAAUCUCCUCAACCUACAAUACGGGAAGUGGCUGGAGUCAUUGGCAUGUUAACAGCUAGCUUCCCAGGAGUAAUGUUUGGGCCAUUACAUUAUAGGCACUUAGAUAUGGAUAAAACUGUGGCCCUGAAAAUAAGAAAAGGCAAUUAUAAUAAGACCAUGACUCUUUCAGAUGAGGCUAAGCACGAGCUGAGCUGGUGGGUAAGCUCAAUUGAAAGUGCAUACAAUGUGGUUAGUCACGGACAAGCUGACACAACCAUGACCACAGAUGCCUCAAAAACGGGUUGGGGUUGCUCCCUAGCUGGCACACCUACCGGUGGCUCAUGGCACUCUGGAGAAUCAAGAAACACAUUAAAUGGCUGGAAGUUAAAGCCAUAUUACUCAGUCUAA